AUGACUGCGAACUUUACGUACGAAGUGCUAUCAAGCAAAAGCCCCGUCUCUGAAGACGAGUUUUCCAGCCAACCUCACGAGACACGCCGCUGGAACAGAGUCAUCAUUGCAAAUCUGGCUUUGUUUCUAUCAUCACUCAUUUGCUUAGGCCUUUCUCUCCUGUUGAGCAGGUCAAAAACGAUUGACGCCCGAGAACUGCUGCGACAGACAACUUUCUACUCGCCUUUAAUCGAAACCAUGUCUCCCAUCUUCGCGGCCACCCACUUCGCCACUUACCCGAUGUUGGCAAACCAUUCCAUUCUCCGCCAGCCUCCGAGCCCCGAAGUUGAUGCGUACUGGAACCGCAUAUCGGACUUGGGCAUGAUGCCCAUCACCGAGAAGCAGGUUCGAGACGGCCUGGGAAAGGAUCCCUCUACAGUCAUAAAGGCCCCCGAGGCAUGGGAUUUGGGCAAUGACGCCUACCUUGUACAACUAGACGGUCUGCACCUGUUGCACUGUCUGAAUUCGAUGAGGCAGAGCCUGCAUUACAACUUCCCUUACUACCACAAGGACGGGCAGCCGCCGGCGUACGUCGCGCACCUGUCGCAUUGCCAGGAAGCUCUGGCGCGAUGGCUCAUGUGCCAUCCGAGCAUGGACCUGAUCAAGUUCGACUGGGUGGAGGACCAUUCGCGGCCUUUUCCGGACUUUGACAUUACACGGAAAUGCAUGGACUUCGAGGGCCUGCUCGCUUGGCAGGAGAAGCAUCGCCUUCCCGAGGAAUGGCUGCAGGAGCAGUGGCAAGCCAUCGACCGACCGGGCGGGCUCGUACCCCAAAAGUCGCCCAUUCUCAACGAGGAAGCCCGCUUGGGCAAGUGGAUAAGCCUGCAAGACACUUACAAGGGCCAAGGCAUGCCAAAGUGCGAAAGCUGGCGAGCAGAGUAG